AUGAAAGAGAAACAAUCAUCGUCCCUUCCGAUCGUCUGCCAUGAAUGCAAGAAGGUUUUCAUCUCUGGUAAAGCUCUCGGCGGCCAUAUGAGGAUGCACAGAGACGCCGCCACCAAUGAACCGUCGCUGGAAAGAGUUAAGUUGAAGCUGAAAGUGAAGGUAAAAAAGAAUCUUGUUGAUGAUCAUCAGUCUAGCGUUGAAAAUACCCAUGAAAUCCAAGACUACUAUUGUUCGCAUUGUCGGAGGAAUUUCCCUUCAAACAAAUCACUUUAUGGGCAUAUGAGGAUUCAUUCAGAAACAGGAGAAAGUUCUUCAUCGUAUUCAUCUGUAGAGAAACAUGAUCAGGAGCAGGAGGAUAUUAAUCUUGCGGUACAGGGUUUGUUGAUGUUGGCUAGUGCUUUUAUAAAUAAGGUACAAUCUGAUAGGGUUUCCCCUAAAAUUCGUUCAAAAUUGGUGCAUCCCUUAGAUGAUGAUGAUGAUGAUCAUGAACAUGGUUCAAUGAAGAAGAAGAUGAAACAGAGUGAAGAAAUGUAUAAUUGUAGCCUUUGCCCAAAAACCUUCUCAACCCAUCAAGCAUUAGGUGGGCAUAAAUCUAGCCAUACCAAAUGCAAGACUCAGACUGAAAAUGUAAACAAGGAAUUGACAGGGGAAGGGUCAUCUUCUGUUCUUCAUCCAUGCAAACAAUGUGAAAAGGUUUUCUCAAGUGGUCAGGCUCUUGGGGGUCACAUGAGGAUCCAUUGGAAAGGCGGUGCAGAGGCAGAGACUAACAGAGGGAUCAUAGUUCAUGACUUUGAUCUCAAUGAGAUACCUCCUGAAGUUGAUGAUGAUCAGGAGAAUGGUGAGUCUGGAUUGAUUUGA